AUGGCUGAAACCAACGAACAGGUUCUUCAAGAUGUCCGCACGAACAUAGAUAUUCGGACGGAAGGACGGAAGGAGAAAGGUAUGUGUAAACGCCACCCAAAGAAAAAGAUAAGGUUUGUCUGUGAAUCAUGUAGUGGCGAAAAAAUAUGCAAGAAGUGUUUAAAGUCUACCCACAAAGAUCAUCAGACAGGACGUGUGCCUAGUGCUAACAAGACAGGACGUGUGUCUAGUGCUAAUAAGAAACAACUCAAUGGGUCGAAACACGGUCCAAACGGAACAGUAGGAGAUACUGACGAUCAUUUGCUGAAGGUCAUGGGUGUUGGUCACGAGGACAGCGAGGAUCACAUCAUGAUUGACUUACUGAAGAAAGCACAAAAUACGAUAGAAGAAAUCGACGUGAAAGUGAAACAGUUCGCGAAGGCCCGUAAGGAUUUAAAGCUGGCCACAGAGGUAGAAGUGGAAAAGGUUAGAGAUAGAUCUAUUGCAUUGAAACAGCAGGUUGAUGAACUUGCAGUGAAGCUGGAGAAAAGACUAAGACACUUCAGGAAAUCCAAAGAUGCUGUUUUCAAACAGCACGAACGAUCUCUUAAGGAAUAUUCUAAGGACUUAAAAGACUAUUGUAUUAAAUGUCAAUCUACGCAGAACGAAUCCUCCAGCGAUUCUGGACUACAUGUUGAGAAACGUUUCGAUAUUCAACACGAAAUGGAAGAUUUUCUUAACAAAGAGCAUCAAAUACACCUUCCAGUGGCGACCAUGGACGAGUUCGUUCCUUGUAAGACUACGCUUGACCACUUAAUGAAGGUGUUCGGUGAUAUGGAGUCGAUGGAGAAGGCGGAUGUGUUUGAGGACAAUAAAAAUCGAAUCGUACCAACGUGUACAGAGUUUACGGAAAUGUCUGCCUUUCAAUUCGAGGGCGAAAUAAUGCGGUCCAUCUGUCCGACAUCCGAAGGAAGUUCGUGGAUAGUGCGUGAGACACAUAAUAUGGUGUAUACGGACAUACAACAUGUGACCAAUGACGGGGAAGUGGCAAUGUCGAGUGUUUUUGAUACAGGAGUUCUGGACAUUGCUUCGAACCUAGCCGACUUGACUCUGGUCAGCUGUACGGACAACACUGUCCGGAGAUUGCUACCCGAUGGUCAGUCAAUCAUUCGGUUUCGAACUGAAGCCAGACCAGAAAGUCUUUGUUUCCAAUCAAACAACGAUGUGGUUGUGUGUUUCUUUAAGAAAAAGAAAGUGGCAGUGUAUAAUCUUAAGGGUAGACAACUGCUGUCAUGCACAGAUGUAAAAUCAGAAUCAGAUUUUAUAACACAGCCGUUUCGAGUGAGGUCGAACCGGAGGAACGAUGACAUAGCUAUUCUCAACGCUAACCCAUAUUCAUUGGUCGUUAUGAAUAAAAACCUCAGCCUCAAAUUCAUUUACAAUAGUUCAACCUACUAUCCAGAGGACAUUCGAGAUGGCGGUUUGACGCAAGUCGCUACGCCAAACAUCCCAGUACUUCCAAAUGACGUGUGUUUUGACAAUGGAAACAACAUCCUUCUCUGUGAUGCUGUUAGCAAGUGUGUUGUGACCCUAGACCGCAAUGGUGUUUUGCUCCGAACUGUUUGCCCCGGAAGUGACCUACCGUCGUCCCUGGCGUUUGAUAUUAAUAACUUCCUGUGGGUUGGGUACCACAAUGGACAGGUGAAGAUAAUUGAUUUUUGA